AGCUGCGGGUCACUUUGGCUCUCAAUCCCACUGUGAGGAUUUCCUUGGCUCGUGUGUGGAAAAGCAAGCAGCUCGACGAUGGGAAAACUUUGUGUCCUCAGUUUCACUGGGAUCUGCCAGGUUCCUCCUUCCACGGGAACGUACCCCUUUAAGGUAAUUGGUUCGAGGAGCCCGGUGCAACCACUGUGUCUCUUGCUUGCUCUCACUGUUUGCAUGGGAACAUCAGAGGCACGAAUCGAGGAGACUUUAUGUGGAGCUGAACUCGUGGACGCACUGCAGUUCAUCUGUGCAGAGAGGGGCUUCUAUUUCGUCAGCAAAAUGGUGGGUCGUCGGAACAGACAGAACCGAGGCAUUGUGGAGCAGUGCUGCUUUCGUAGCUGUGACCUUCUGAUAUUGGAGACGUACUGUGCCAUACCACCCGAAACAGCCAGAUCCACGCCUUCUACAGCUCCACAGAGGACCAUGCUACAUAGGACAAUGGGGAAGCGGUCGGUUAGAAGCAAUCGGGACUACCUCACCUGGACUGGAGGAACCCUGAAGCAUUACCUGAGCACCACCAACCUCGCUGUUCCCCCCAAAACUGAGAUCCCUGAUUGGCUGGGACAGGGCAAAGACUCGCUGCGCAUUGAUGAGGGCACAAGGCACACGCGGUACCCGUCCCAGCAGCGGGUAUGGUCCAGUACGGUACUGACACCUCCCUCAGGGCAGCCCGCUCUCUCCCUCGAUGUCCUGACCCAUUCAAAAUGAGCGAGGAGGGUCUAGCACUUGAAGUUGACUUCGGACCUUUUGAGGGAAACCUGGCCACGCGACUAGCUGAAUUUUUUUUUAUUUUAAGAAGUAAUGUGGGGUGAACAGAGCAGAAUUAGGAGGAGCUGAAGGGCUGAAGGAUUUCCCCAACAGCAAGAACAACAAAAACAAAACCCUCUCCCUCACGCCAGGUGUUUUCACUCGUGUAGAAUAGGAACCUGGAGGCGGCAAGGACUCAGGAUCCAAGCCCUCCCUCGCCGUUAGUAGCCUCAUUUCUCAGCUGACUGUCAUUUCUGCGUCUAUUCUAAAAGCUGAGGGGCUUCAUUCACAAAAGUCGCGGUGAAGCAUUCUGGGGUUGGCAGGAUGAGAAAUGGAGCUAACACCUCUCCCAACUGACAGAAAAGUUUGAAUACACGUGCAGAGAGCAGCUUCUUCCCCGCUGUUAUCCAACUUUUGAAAGGACCUCUUAGAUGUUAAUGUUGAUCUCUCUCUGCAUCUUUUCGGCAACUGUAACAUUACAUCCUGCACUCUGUUCUGUUCCCUCGAUGCACUUGUACAGCAUGAUCUGCCUGUAAAGCACUUUCCCCUGUACCUCGGUACACGUGACAGUAAUAAAUCAAAUCAAUUGGUCAUAACCAAAGCCAAAUACAGAAAAAGGUCCAGAAACAGUGUAGGACCAGAACUCUGUCCGUCAAGAUCAAUAGCUCCAUUUAUCAUCAGUCCAUCACCGAUUGUUUCCUCAAUGGUGAAGUAGUGCCAUCUGGUAGCUAUCAGACAAUGCAACUUGAAGUGUCAACCUAAUCAUUGUCCUUUUAACCGUUGCCACCUCCGUUUACUUAGACAUUAGCAAAACAGCUUUUCCACAAUUCAGAUGACUCGGACCAUGGCUGCAGUCUGAGAGUCAGCUAGCUAAUGAAGACUUUUCAAAGUUAGUCUUUGCUCAUGGAGCUGCUGAUCUGACCUAAGAUUUUGCUUUGGCCUUAACACCCUGUGCCCAUGUCUUCCCUGGAUAAAUCCCUGUGUAGAUUGGGUUGAAACCAUCGACAGUAUCAUUCCACCUCAUGUCCAGUCUGCCCUCUGUAUGACCUGUGUAUAAACCACAUCUUGAGAAUUACACCUGCCCAUAUAACCUCAUCCACUCUAUAACUCACCUCUCUGUAUACCACACCUCUACAUUACAUAAUUCCCCUUGUGGUGCAGUACUUUGUACUUAUGUUACCAGUCUAGAAAUCCAGUGGUCUGGACAAAUGAUCUAAAGGUAUGAAGUUCAAAUCCUGUAACAGCCUCUAGGUGAUUUGAACCCAAACAAUUUUUCUGUGUGUGGAAUGAAUUGCCAGAGGGAGUGAUAGAUGCAGAUACGGUUACAACAUUUAAAAUACGUUUGGAUAGAUAUUGGAACAGGGAAGGUUUAGAGGGAUAUGGACCAACUGCAGGCAAAUGGGAUUAACCUGGUUUGGGAAACUUGGUCAGCUUGGACGAGUUGGACUAAAUGCCUGUUUCCAUGCUAUAUGACUCAAAAAGAAAUUAAAUACAAUCUGGAAUUAAAAUUUUGAUGUUGGUAAUGGCAUCCAUUUGGAUUAUCCUCAAAAGCCCCAGCUGAUUUACUUCAAUCCUUCUGGCAGAGGAAAUCUGCCAUUCUUAACUGGUCUGGCCGAUAUGUGACUCCACACCCACAGUGAUGCCAUUAUUCUGAAAUGCCCCAUCAUGCCUCUCAGUUGCAACUAUUAGGUAACAUUCCAUCACCUUCAAAAGGUAGUGCCUGUGACAUCCAUAUCCAACAUUCAGGAAAGGUACAUAACAUGGUCCUCUGAGUGAGUAUUUUUGGGAGAGAAUGGGAGGAAUUUGGGGAAAGGAUAGGGUCGCAUGAUACCAUUUUAAUUGAGUUCACGCUGAGAUGCACAGGAGCCAAUGUUGUAUCAGGGCGUAGAGCUCCUCACUAGGACUUGGGCAGCACUGAUGUAAAUUGGGGCCAGUUAGCUCAACUGGCUGGAUGGCUGGCUUGGAGGGAUGCCAAUAACAGGGUUUCAAUUCCAGUGAGAGAGGUCAUAACCUACCUUCUCCACCUCGCCUCAGUUAACCUCUCCACCAGUCCUCCCUCUCUCUCUCUCUAAUGAGAGAGCAACCCUCUGAGUCGAGGGGAAGUAUCAACAUAAUUACCUUAAUCCUCUACGAUUUGUCACAUUACAGUUUCAUGGGAUUAAGAGACAUGAGCAUUGAAGGCCAACAGAAGGUCAAAGUUCAUCUAAUCCACUCUCUCCACCAUCCUGCUCAUCACAUGUAUGGAAUCAUUGAUUAGUCUCUAUAGAUGAGGCAUUAGGUGAGGAAAAUGGGUCGUGAGAGAGAUGUUUGGGAGCCUCCAACAACUUUGGGGUGGCACGGUGACUCAGUGGUUAGCACUGCUGCCUCACAGCGUCAGGGACCUGGGUUUGAUUCCAGCCUCGGGUGACUGUAUGUGUGGAGUUUGCACAUUCUCUCAGUGUCUG